AGAUCAGUGGGUAAGGUUGUCGCAUUUUCGAAGUGAGAGAGACGAGAAACGGCAUUUUUUGCAAGGUAAGAUAUUAAUUAUUUUAAAACUGGUGAGUUAUCACAGGUUAAAACGAGCGAGAUUUUGUGGUGUGGGGAACAAAACUUCAUGGUUUUAUUUUGUGUAUACGUUUUGAACUCUCUCCGUAGAGGUGGCUUGAACAGUUCUCAGCAAUGUGUUUGUACAAAUAAGAGAAGAUUGACUGAGCGCUUGAUAUCACAAAACCUCGGAGUUUACUCAAUGAGAAUGUAUUCGUGAGGUUAAAAAAAAAAAAAAUUAAAAAAUCUAAAAAUUCUGAUGGUACAUGUUUAGUAAGACGAGUCUGUUCGAGCAGUAUCAUGCUUCACUGCCACCAAUAGCGUUAAGAAAGUAAAACUUCAUACAUCGAUGGAUCAGUGAUAUCCACCUUGGAGUGAUAAUUUCAAAUGCUUACAGAAAUCAUUGCAUUAACAAUCGUACGCGCUGAUUCUUUACCCUCAAUUUACCCAGUGACGCAGAUGAAUUCCACAAUGAAGCGUUCUAACAUCUUGGGCGGUGCUUUCGCCAACCAAGCUGGACUUGCAAUAACCUCAAGUCAGCCCGAGUUAAGUCAUUCGUACUCUCUGAUGAAAGACACUUGAACGGCCAAGUUCCAUCACUCUCGCACUCAAUUUAAAUUUAAUCUUGCUUCGCUGUAUCUGUUGAGCGAUCAAUCGUAUAAUCUCUCCUAUCAAGGUUUCUCCACCUGAGUGAUCUUUCGCACCUUUUUAGAUGCAUGGAAUUAGAAGCAUUUAACUCUUUCACCCUUAAGACUGACUUGCAUCUAAUUCAUCUUCACAAUACCAUCCCUGAAUCAUUAAGUCACGAGAAUAAAGGAAUUGAUCACCAACUAAAGAAGCUCUUGACUGUUAAACAAAGUCUCAUUGUCAGCACCUUAAAAAACGUCUAGAAGACCAUAUGAAAGCAGUAUGGAGAAUAUGCGUACUAAGUCAUGAUGUAAGGACUUCAAACAGUUUCUAAUUGACUGGGUAACGAAGCAAUUAAAAACGGUUUAGCUUUAUUAGUUGGUCUAAUAUCAGUAAAAUACAAAAGACUAUAGUUGCAUCGAAGAUUCCUGCUUUAGGCAGAGCAGGAUCUUUAUUUCUACAUGUUCAAAAUAAAACAGAAAAGAAAGGAUAAAUUUUCAGAGUAUGACAAAGCUUAUCUAUUCACAUAAUUCUGUUUCACAACUUCAAGUCAAAAGCUUAUCAAAUUUCGUUCUCAACAGCUUUUGUUAAACAAACAAUAGAGUUACGCUCGUGAAAUUUUCAAUCAACACACAAAUCUAUCGUGUGUUGCUAAGUUGUUUCAACAACUUACCGUGCUCCGCUAAUAUGAAAAACUGGGAGUAGGAGUAAAAAGAGUCUGUGAAUUAAGUUUUUUGGCUCGCUAACCGGUGUAUCUGACUUGUUCACCAAGGCCUAAUACAUCAAGUGAAACGGGUUAAGUGCACGAAAGAGGAUUUCUAAAUCCAACCUCAUGUGGGGGUUUCGACUAUGUGUUAUUUAAAGAUCGCGGUUUGAAUUAAAAUUUAGACAUUUACAUUUGAAUGGCUGAAUAUAACAAAAUAGCUCAUUAACCAGCUUUCAUCGAUUUCCUUUGGUCAAAGAUUUCUUAAAAUAGACUUCAUCAUUCAAAUAUUUUCGAAGAGUUUUACUUUACGUAAUCUUCUUGCAGGUUCUAACAAAAAAGGAAAAUUGGUUUUAAGAAGGGAGUAGCAAAGAAUAACCCCUGAAAAUUGAGUAUUCAAAAAUGUUCAGUUAGAGACGGUUGUAAAUUUGUUUCUACUCGAUUUUCUUCACUUACAAAGUUUUUAAAAGACAAGAAAACCUGAUGAACUAUUAAUCAAAAUUCUUGUAGCGGUAAAACAUUUUAAUUCCUUGAGGGUCCAUUCCGCUGGCACGCAACUUAUGUGAAAGAGGAAUGCAAUCACAUUCGUCAACCAAAUGACCCCAUUAUCAUAUUUCAGAUUUUUUUCUUCCAAAUUAAUUGCAGUUUAUUUUCAAGUCACAGUUUGAAUCCAUUACCGUAAAUACUUUUUACUUACAUCAAUUAGGGGCUAUGCAUAGCCACAAAUUAUGAGACACUGUUCUCAACAGGUCUUUAACAAUCGCAUUGUAGUUCGUUGAAUCUGUCGCGCCUUCGCACAUAUUUCUCGCCAAAAUUAACAAUGCUCUUUGCGUGCCUUGUUGAUCAAGUUUGAGGCCAUUCAGCUUUUUGUAAACAAACUGCCCUGAGAACAGAACAAUCUGAUAUUUCCUUGACACUGAUCAAAUCGAUAAGUAUGUUGUACAUCAAAUAAAACAAUAGUCAGGGCAUAUUGGAAAUAUUCAAGGAAAUAUGUACUCCGGAAUUUGAUGUCUUCAAGCUAAAUUUCCAUAUAUGGUUUAGUCCCUUUGUUUAAGUGUCAAAUAAAGUGUUUUAUUUAGCCCAAGUGAAUUAGGACAUUUCGCCACGAUGCAAUAAUAGUUCUUUUCAAAUAUGAAAUGCGCGGUUUGAACAAUUAAUUUACAAUUGACUUGAAGCCUUUUUUUCCCUUGACUUACGGACACCACAGAGUCAUUUGAACGGUUAUGCCUCGUUGCGGCUUUACAAAGCUUCCAAGAGGGCGAGAGUAAAAACUUUCCACUGGCAAAUAUUGAUAUAUGAAUAUGCUGUAAAAGCAAAUUUUGAUUGGCAUAUACUGUCAUAUACAACUGGAGUGGCUAGCCAUUAGCUGGGAUCCUCUCUAAGUCAAUUCGUUCUACAAAAGUCAUCAGAGAAGACGGUUGUAGAGCUUAUAAAGAGAAAAUUUUUUCAAAGUGUUGUUGAACAGGUUUCUUCAGUAGGAAAAAUUAUAGGAAAACCACACUUAAAAAGUGACACGGAGGUGAGCUUUUUAUACAUAUCAUUCCAUGUUCAAGACCUGCCGUUUCAAACUUUGCUUUGAAGGAAAGUGAGCAUCUUUUGUCCUUAGUAUUACAUCAUUGGGAACCAUGACUAAGUACAUCAAUACAUUGAUGAAAAAUAAAACGCUUUAAGAUAUAGGCCCUCAAAUAUUUUUUGAAAUAUGGCUUACUUUUUUCAAAUCUCAAAGUAUCAGGGAAAUAAGAUUAAACAACUUGAAGGUAAAAUAAAUCAUUGCGCGCUCAAAAUAGGGCUCCCGCCAAAAGUGAAACUACACGUUCAUGAAAGCUAAUAAACAUCAAGAGCCAAACAAACAGGAAGAUGACGAACUGCGUGAAAUUAACUCUAACAGGUAACGGAAAAUUACUCGAGCUUUUAAAACAUUUAAAACAACAAAUUAACGAGCUGAAGUCUAAGUGCAUAGUAAUUUAUACUUCCUAAGAAUAAAUUUGAUAACAGAUUACUGUUUCCUUUUUUUUUUCAUUUUUCAGUCCUCAGUCCACAGAGAAGAUGUUAAUUUCAGUUCUUGUCUUGUCCCUCGUCUUUAACCUCUGCGAUGCCGCCCCAGGACGAGUUGGCUUUCCAUUGAAUCGUUUUCCAGGCGCGCAUAAACUGCAAAUAAAGAAGCGCGGCUCAGGUAGAGUUUAAUAAAAAAUUUUUAUAAACUACUGACUUACGAUCCCUAUGACUCAUUCUCUGCCACUCUUAAGAAGGAUUUGAUUGGAUCUCGCAACAUCAAGAAAAAAACAGAGCUGAUUCUGACACAACUGCUGGAGAGGAAUCAUCGGAAGAGGAGACUAUUGAGCGGUAGACCUAUAUAUUCAAAUUGAAACUUUCACUUUCUGCGCCAUUUAGGUUAAGACAGACCAAAUUUCUUUGAUAUUUUGUUUGUUUAUGUUGUCGUUUCGAAACACAUAUGGUUUUACCAUGAAAAUGAUUAAAUACCUUUUUUUUUUUCAUUUGAACCUAGUGAAAGGGUUUGAGAGCAUUUUAUCUUGAUUGGACUCUUUAAUUUUGGGCUUCACUUUGGUAGAUUUUUUUCCUUUAAUUCAGUUUUUUUUCCUUUAAUUCAAUAAUUUUUUAAUAUAUUUUUGCAUACGUGAUUUGAAGUGGAUUCAAGCGCAUGUCUGGAUGCCCAUAAUACCAAGCGCGCUCUACAUAGCGCAUCGCCGCUAACGUGGGAUGACGAACUGGCUCGCAAAGCUCAACGCUGGGCAAAUCACCUGGCUAGUAUUGGAUCUCUGAAGCACGAUCCGAAUGCUAAAGCGGGAGAAAACCUAUACUUUUCAUACAGCUCAGUGCCUCAAGAAACUUCAUGCCAAGACGCGGUUAACGCCUGGUAAGAGGCAGCACAGGACAACCAUCCAAAUAGACAUAUCAAAUGAUAAGGUCCUCGAUAAACUCUCAAAGACUGGGGAUGUUGUAGUACCUGGGUGUAAUCUCAAUUUAUUCUGACUGAAUUUGAUGGACAACAACGAAAUUUUCAUAUUCCAUGACUUAAUAGGGCCACUUUAAUGAUGAUAACGAAAAUUGGCCUCCGUAAAGAGAUUCCAAAGCUGAAGUAUUGAGCGUUAGCUAUUUGUUAGAACGAAUCGGGACAUUUGGUUUGUGGGUCCACAAUCUACAAUUUCUCGAUUUACAUUAUCAAAUCAGUCGAUAAACAAGAUUAUCUUGUAAUACUUGCUACCGAUGCAGCAUCACAGUUUCGUUAGGAACUUGCUUCCUUUAUCCAUGUCGAUAUCAAGGGCGCUGUAAAUCAGUAUUUUUUCAUUUUUAGGUACGCUGAAAUAAAGGAUUAUGAUUUCAAUAAUCCUCAUUUUUCCCAUAAAACUGGUCAUUUUACGCAGGUAAGCACACUUUUGUCGAGCGGCGAUUGGAACGGGGUAGUGUUCAAGCUAUUUCAUCUGCGGUGUUUAUUUCUGUAAUAGUUGUUGAGUGUUUCCAGUCAAGCAUGAAUACCUGGCAGUAAUGAAUACAUCAAAAGGAGUCUUAACACUCACAGAAAGAAAAUCUUGUUGAGAAAUCUGUCCAUUAGAGAACGUUCUCCGCUUUGGUAUCAGCCUCGUUCCCAGGGUCCUCUAUCUUCCUCCCUCGAGAAGGUAAGGGAGAGAGAGGACCUGUGAACGAAGUUGCUUUAGUGAAUCCACGUGACUGUUGUUGCGUCAUUUAAACGCUGCUUAGCAACUUCAUGCUCAUAAAGCAAUCAUCUGUUUGAAAGUGAGGAUAAGUGAAAAGCUUUUGAUAUAAAAAUAAGUUUUCUUUCAUUCGCUUCAAAGAAAAAAAACUCACAUUCACCUGGAAGAUUCUUUUGGCAUGGUUUUGAAGGGCAGCCUAUUGCAAUUGCCUUCUAGUAGAAAGCUCAGUUAUAAUAUUUCUAACACACCACCUUUCUACGAAAUUACAUUUUUGCUCCUUUAAGCGUUGAAGAUAAAAGGAAGUAGGUUACCUACAAAAUAUUUGGAAGAAUCUAGCAGAAAAAUUUAUAAGAACAAAGAUCUUUAGAAGUUGAAGUAGUUACGAAAUGAUAAACGUAUAUCUUUCAGAUGACAGUUCAUAGUUCGUGUUUGGAAAGAACUACUUUCUUUUUGUUGCAAUCUGUAGGUUGUGUGGCAAGCAACAACUAAACUUGGGGUGGCUAAAGCGACAACAGUUCGAGGGCAGGGUUAUGUAACCUACAUUGUCGCUCGAUAUGCUCCACCAGGAAACUAUCUAGGGCAGUUUGCUGAAAACGUUUCGAAAAACUGAUCAAGGUAGGUAAUAAAUUGGUGAUUCAAAUGGAGGUGAUUCUGAGUCUUGCGAAACUAGUUUAUUUCUUAGCAAGGCUGUACAGACCCAAGUGAUGGAAUGUACACGUACAAUGUUAGGGGUAAACAAUCUAUCAAGGAAGAAAAACACAUUGAGGUGAAAAAAAAAAAGCUUUAUGUUAUCCCCCAAUCAAAUUAAGUGUUAGCCCUAGGUCCUUCAGGUCAUGGCAUGAGAUCGAUGAAGAAUGUAAUGGCUUACGCUGUCUUCUUUCCUAGAUGACGCCGGUCUCUGGAUUCUGUUGAUGUAUUCUAUUGGACCCGUCGUAUGCACCACAAAGACAAUUGCACUCAGGAACAAGAUCAUUAAUUUUAGUUAUGUUAGACCAAUAUUAUAUCAUUCACAACAUUGUGACUAGAGCGCUGGUAGGAGCUUGUAAAUGUGACAAUUCUUCUAAAUAGAAUACAGAAUAAAGCAUUAAAAAUGGUAUUUGUGAAGGUUUUUUAGGACUUACAAAUGGCUGAAUGUUUAUGGCUGAGAUUUUGGGACCUAUAAUUCCUCUGGAGAUAUUUCUUAUCAAAAAAUAUCCUCCCACGACAAAAACCGUGCCCCACCUGAAUAAAUCAAUCAAUCACGCGCCUGUAUUUUUAUUUUUUGACAAAGCUAAGAAAGAAAACAAAAAGAAAAGAAAAACACUGCGUAUGCGAAAGUUGAGGAGAUGUCAUUUAAACGUUGGCUCAAAAGAAUUGAUUUCAAAAAAUAUAUAUUUUUUUUAGUUUCGUGCGCCAGUACUUUUGUUUUUAUUAGAUAGAAUUGAUGGGAAAACUUUAGCAUUAUAAGUUGGAGCUUGGUAAUGACUGAUUCCUAGUACAUAAUUUAUCAGUCCAGAGGCACUUCAGUCAGAAAAGCUCAAGCAUACAUAACUGAAGUGGCAAGAGAUUUCAAGCCAUUUAUCACAUCUGAAACAAAUGAUCUCCACAUCCUCAGGUGAUUACUCGAAUUUUUUUUCAAGUCUCAUCGCGGGUUCGAGGUGGGAAGGAGAUUUGCUAAUCUGACUUCGGAAGUACCUCUUAGGGACAUAUUUCAAUCCAAAACUGUACUUUCUAAAACAAAGCAUUUGGUGUAUUUCCUGCCAGUUCUGCCGUAAUGCAAUAAUCACAAAAUCAGUAAUGGACUGAUCUCAUUUCUGUCAAUAAUAAUAGGUUUUGGAAGUGUGUUGCUUCCUUACUCGUGAUCUUUCAUUCCUGCUAGCAGAAAUUAUUGGAGAACAUAGAAGUACCGGCAAUUUAGGGGGAAAAACUUCCGUUCAGGAAUAAUUGUUAGACUGAAUUUAUUUUUGAGUUGAUGGAACAUUUGAUAAUAUUCUCAUUACACUCAAGGCAGGAACUUUCCUGAAUAUUAAGAAAAACUCAUAUCUAUAAAGGUUCAUCUCAGCAGCACGUCACCAACUACUUCAAAAUGUUGAAAACAGAAUGGAGAGCAUUUCCUUCGCUCUAGUCAUGCAAUAUUUGCAAACGAAAGUAAAAAGGCCAAAUUUACAACAGCGACAUUGAACUCAACUAGGGCGCAUGCUCAAACUCCUACUUUCGAACAUCGGUAUAAUUUUUCAAACCACUUAAAGAUAUCAGAAGCAGAAUUGGAAAUGUAAACACCGAGGGUGGUUUUUAUUUUCUUGCCCACUAAUUCAUACCUUCAUUUGGUUAUUGGCUUGCGUGUAUAGCACAACCAAAACAUUCCUCACCAAAGUCGAUCAACUUUACAUCAAGAUUCUUUUUUUCAAGGCGUUUUGAUCUGGAAAGAGAAGGUAUGUAUGUCACAGGCCUCAUGGUGAUCUCACGAAAGGAUCUAUUAUAAUAAGCAGCCUCUCAGACCGUAAAGUAACAAGGUCAUUGUUUCUUCCGAAAAACGUAAAAUGGAACGUUCCUUUGAGUCAAAGGUGUGGCUUUUAAAAUCUUAUUUGAAGUGUCUUAUAGAGAAAUUCUUUGAGAAUAAUUAAGUCAUUGUAAGGUUACUUCUGGUAAUAGGAAAAAAGUUUCGCCUUAAAUGUUGGCAUUCUGUUCUGUAGAAAGCGUAAUCAGACAACGGAAACAAAUGCGCAUAUAUUAAGAUUUUUGAACGAAUAAAAAUCGUGAAAGAAGAACUUUUCUCGCUGCACGGGAGAAAAAAGAGAAUGGAAUGAUGGAUCAUUCUAGAUCAUAGUCUUAGGAGCUCAUUUCCUGCUUUUUUCCUCCUUAAAAAUUACGUCUGUAAGGGUUUUCCAUUUUUUUUUAACGGAUGUUUUAUAGUGCAAGCUUAUGGAACAACAUAAUGGUUGCAGAUGAAAAUAUCGCCAAAUUUUUUUCAAUUUGAAUCUGAAAAUGAAUAUUUAUUUCACAUUUGAAGAAAUAUACGCAUUUUUAUUUUUGGCUUCUGGAGAAAAGCAGGUGUUUGAGGCUGUUUCGGGUUGUCAUUGAAAUAACAACCUUAAGCUGAUUUCAUAAUCAGUUGUGGUCUGACUGUGAUCAUAUAAUCACUGAUUGAGGGUGUUUCGAAAGUUUACAUGGGAAUGCGAGACAAAUUGAAACAAUUUCCUAUUUCUUUUUGCAAUUACAGAACUACAAAGUUUGGGCAGUAAUCUGCAUUAAGAUCCAGAGUCUGUGUUCUUAUGUGAGAUAAAAUUGAAAUUUUUUUUUUCUCCUUUUAUUUUCCCUAAAAAAAUGUUAAACUGGAUUUUAUCAGCAGACUCGAAGGCGCUGUAAGUUUAUUUUGUUUUUCUUGUGACAGGAGAUACAUGAGUGACUGGAAGAAUGGAAAAUUAAAAAUAUUUUUAUAUUUCAUAUAUAGAAACAGGGUGUGCUUUCUAUCAAUGUGGAACUGCAGGAAAAAGGUUUAAAAAGGAUUUACGCUGCUACAAAGUGGUUUGACGGUGUUUCAACUUGUGUAAUUCGACGACCUCAUCAAGACACUGUUAAAUAUUUUUUUUCAUCUUUUUCGUCUUCUUUUAACACAUAUAUGAUGUGAAAUGAAAUAUCUGCUGAAACUCAUUUAUUCAUGUAUGUUUAUGCUUUUCUUUUUUAUCGAUUGGAAGGAAUCUUGGCAAAAUUAAGAAAACUGAAAUUAUGUGGUUGACGAUGUGUCACAAGUUGUACCCAAGGUUCGACAUAUCAUCUUCGUUCUUUCUUUCAAAACUUACCACAAAACCACAACUCCCAUUAAGCUGAAAUAUGCUUCCUCUCUUAUCUGGUCAGUCCACAGCAGCUAUUUAAGUGAAAUUGCAAGUAUAGUAGUACUUCUGUCAUAAAAGCAACCACUCGCUUCAAGUGGACCAUUUAGUUUUAAUCCAUGCAGGGAAACAUUCUUGCACUAAAGCAGGCAUCUUUGUCUAAAGGUAGGGAAAUUUUUAAGAAGGUAAAAAGUCUGUGGUGAAAUUUCUGUGAAGAGGUCAUAAAUUCGCUACUAUGUAACAAAUAUUUCUUAACAGGCAGCCAGGUUUUCACCUUUUCCUAAAGUGAUACUCUUGUCACUUUUCUUUUCUUUUUUUUAUUUGCUAAAUUACAUGCACUUACUUAAUUAAACGACCACGAUUUCUUUAAUUCUACUGUACUGUUUUUCUCCCUUUAUUUCUUGUUCUCUCGUCAUGUCCAGUAAGCGCGUCAGUUUUCAUUUACCUACGUGAUUUCACCUGCAUUUUAUUUUGAAGUUACAAUUUAUUACAAUGUGCCGCUGUCGUAUUUUGAGCUAUUACUAUUUGACUCCUUACUUUGCUCUCAAAAGAGUAAAACAGACAAAGAAGAUUUAAAAAAAAAUCCUUUUAGAAGGGUAAAUAAGAUGAGAGGCAUAAAUUGUAUUAUAGAACUUUUUAAAGAGUUACAGUCAUCUGAGUUAUGGGCUUGAUGUAUUCUGGCGUGGUGUUAUUUUUUAAUUUAUCCGCAUUAUUGCAUGAAGUUUCAUGAAGGUUUACUCCAAAGAGAAGAUCAAGGGAACACUUUCUUAUAUCAAUCACUUCACGUAAAAAUUAAAAAAUUUUUUAACCGUUUGUUGUAAAAAAAGUUAAUUGUAUUUUUUUUCUUUUAAUCGCAAGGGAAAUAAAUAAACUGUUAGCCGUAAAAUGACCAUAUUUUUAAACGUUUGCGGUAAAAGCCUCUCACCCUUUGAGACCUGCUGAAACCUUAUCCAUCAUCCAGUUUGCACUAGCUAACAACGAGCCUAUUGAAAAAGGUAAAGGUUGUUCUUCAUCAAGUCUUUUUUUUUUCUUUGUUUAUUUUUUGAUUAAGAUAGCGUGCAAAUUUCCGCAAUAUGGCAGUCGGGUUUGUUUGAUUUUGUUUAUACUUUGUUUCUUAUCUUAUCGUAUCUCCAAAAGUUAAACCAACUUGAAAGCAGAUAGCCAUCUACUUAAUUAAAGUAAUUCGUCGGUCAUCAUAAUAUUUCAAACUCCAGCAUCCAAUUAGAAUGCUUAUAGUUAUCGCAGCACUUUUUUGUCUGUGGUUAAUUUCUUUAUUAAAAACAUCACUGCCACCUUAUCGUUUGUACUUAAACUCUCUGUAGCAGCUUCGAAGUUAAACAUUUGCAAGAGAAAACCAAUUGUACAGCAAUAUGUGAAAAACUGAGAGGCAAUCGUAAAAUCGUAAAGAUAAUUUACACUAACAGCAACAAAAGAAAAAAAAGAACAAAGCUAAAAUAACUUAUUCUCCUUUUUAUUUAGGCAUUCACCUCAUUAAGCAUGUUACCUUUGCCAAAUUUUUUUGCCACUCGUUCCGGUCCGGCUAAUGUAACUGGUCGAUUAUUUUAUGAUAAUGGAACAUUUAUUAAGACUUAUCAAAAACGCAUCGCUGAACAGAAAACUGGAGGGUCAUGACAUGAGUGACACUAUGCUCCAACAGCAAAGGUCGAAUUAGGAGCUAUACGACCUAAUAUGACCAGCUGUUUCUACCGAUGAGGUUUUGGAAAACAGACCAAGUGCAGCUUUCGAGUUUCGGAAUGUGCACAAUCAUUUCAAAGUUUGCAUCUCAUCAUUUUGGAAAUUCCCGCCAAAAACUAAGGGAGAGCGAAUUGAUUACAAGAGGGGCCUACCAAAAAGUUAGUGGAAUGGCUUUCCUAAGCCUACGUAGCCAAACAGAAACAUUUUGUGUGCGUGUACCCUGCAGUGAUUGACAAACUAUUCAAUGGAAGCGAGCGAGUAAAAAGUGUAGUGUAGGUCACGUGUUUAACUGUUGCGCGACAUUGAUCAAAUAUAAUGCGUAUUUCUUUGAGAUGUGUGUAAAUCAAGAAGUGUCUUACAAGGAUUAUGGGUGACCUUCUCCAUGUUGCCAGGCUUUUGCGUGAACGAACAGAGAAUUCGUCUUUAAACCAGAUAAAACACAUACAAUUCAGUGCGAGCAAAUGAGCUUAAUGGUAAAGCCCAUAUUUAUUCGUAGGCUUGGCUAAAAGAUUGACCACAGGUUAAAAAAAAAUAAUGACAAAUACUUUAGUACAGCUCUAAUGUAUGACUGAAACAUACUUACCACCCACGAUGCUAAAAAAGAUAUUACGAACCUUGCUUUGCUUUUAAAGUUACAGGGAAAAAGUGGUGUGUGUUACUUUUAAAAUUAAAUAACCUUAACUCGAAUUUCUGAAUUUUAAGCAAUUGAGAUGAAUUCUGACAUUAGAAACGCAUUUUAUUGGGACGAAAUCAAACAAACAAGUCAUUUAGCAUUCUCUCUUUGGAGCCGAACUUCACGGUACAUGUUUCCUUAAAUUUAUUGCGUAAAUAUUCAUUAUUUUGCCUUGGUGAAACUUACAUCGCUUACAUAAAAGUUGCAAGGUAUUCUGAAUCGUGUAUAGUGUGGCGUCGCAGUCUGAAGUUUUCUUUCGUUAUCGUUUCAUGCCUCUGAAUUAAUUAUAGCUUACAAGGGGAGGGCGAGGGGAGGAAUUAUUUGUAACUAUUUAUCAUCCAUGGCCGAAAUACGAUUAAUUUUACCCAUUUGUUGUGAAUAUAUAGAUUCAUGGCGACCAAUCUGCUCUCUUUCCCUGAGAGAUUGAACGACUUGAAGAGCAUAAACGAAUUUUUAAACUGGGCAGAAAUUUCUGUGUCCGUGUAUUAUUGCAUAAUAACAAAGGAGAGAAAAGUACAUUGUUACUCAGAAAAUGGGCUAAACGCGGUGGUUGUGCUUCAGAGCAAGAGACACUUUAUCUUUUCUUGUGUAAAGUCAAAGUUCUUUUUUACUAAGUGAGCUGGUAUCGUGAAGGCUGAUAAAGGUGGAAAAAAGUGUCGGUUGGAAAAAACCAAAAAUUGCUAAUCCAUUUUUUUUUAUUUCCAUUUAAGUUAUGUCGCACGAGAAGACCUCACAGACAGAUCUCUUGCUAUCAAGUUCUUUAUCUAUUUCAAAAACGAAAAUUACUAGCACAAAGUAAUUUAUUGAAUAAAACAUGACAUGUCAGCUCUCUGCUCGGAUAUCAUUUAAAACGUGGGAGUUAAACAUAUCUUCAAGUGUGGAUUAAAAACGUAUACUUUUACGCUUUUUUGUUUAAUAUUGAAAGCUCACAAAAAAAUUCCUUAAUUUUUCACACCAUUGUUCUGAAUUUCACAGUUCAUUUCUAUGUCUACGUGAACAAGAAAGAGACCAAAGUCUAUAAAUUAUUCACGAUCUGAUUAAGAAUUUAAUCACGACUAUCUAAAUUUCCAACUCUUAAUCAAGGGCUUUAAAGGAAUCAAGACAGAUUAUAGAAAUUAUCUCCGCGAAUGAUAUAAAAUUCCGACUGCAGGUAAUUACUGGCGUCUCACUCUGGCUUAAAGCUGAAAAACAAGGAGGUUUCACAAGUGAGCUGAAAAUAAUUUUACAUUCUCCCAUUUCUUAUUUUCACAGAUGGCUUCGAUGACGAUGAUAACGGUGGCGUUCUUGCUUGUGUUAAUGUUGGUCUUGAGCGAAUGUCGGCAUCGCAAGCUUGGUAGACCUGCCAGACCCCCGCGUCACCGCUAUGCCAUUGCAAAGAAAGGCCGUAAGUAAUGUUACAAUCUUGUCUCAAAAUGGUUUUAAUCUUUGAAAAGGUGAAUAUUUCGAUCUUGAGUUACCCAUGAUCAUGUGACUUAGGCAAGUGUACCCGGUAGCUAUCUGUUUUAAGGUACAUGUAUACAUUUCGUUAAAUCUCAGAAAAAAGCAAUUUCAUCUUUUUUUUUUUUUGCCUUUUCAUAAUUUCAUGAGAUAAUUUUUUUCGCAUUUUAAACAGUUUUUAUCACAAGGUUUAGUAAGUACCUUCCCCAAGGCCCAGAAAAGUCAUCUAAAAAGUCGGAAAGGUUUCUUUGGUGGUUUCCCAGUUCAGAGAAUACCUACGCAAAAUUUAGAAAUUUUAGCGAGCAUAAAUCAUGACCUGAAUUGAACUAACAAAUUUCCCCUCUUAAGAACCUGCGCUUUAAUUUAUCAAAUCCAUCAUAUCUUAUGACAAAAAUAUUGUAACAAUCAAAUCUCCUAACAUUGUGGGACUAUAUUGAUAAUCUCCAUUACAUAGUCUCGCACAGAAACCGCUUUGGCAGUCAACAAUACCCUUGAUUCCGUAAUUGGUUGCUUAAGACUAACAUGAUGAUGUGCAUGUCUUAUUACAGAAUUACGAUUAGCUGAUCGCGAUACAAUUAUUAGAAAUUUAAAAAAAUUAUGUUUAGCCACUUUAUAUUUGAACUUGCACAUAGGCUUAAGUUUAAGUCACCAUAGUAACAUCUCAAAGGCGAGUGAUCGUCAUAACUCGUUCCCCCAAAGAUGUUAGAUUAAUUCUGUUACGCCAAUUAACAAUUCUAUCGAAUUUAUUUUAAGGACCUGUAGUAAUUCAUUCAAGCAAGGUGCAGUCAAUGCUGAUAAUAUUUGGUUUUAAUCAUUUCCUUAGUUAUCUGGGAACUUUUGAAACAGAGAUAUAUGAGCAAUAAUUUUUUCAACGGUUUCUUGUGCGAUAUCUUCUCCAGUGAAUCUUAUGUGGAUUUGAAUGUUUUCAACGACUUUCUUUUCAUCUUUUAGUAUGCCCCAUGGGAGGAGGAGAUAAAAAAACCGGAUGUAACCAUUGGGAAAAGCAAGGAUACUGUAAUCAAGGGCACCUCUACUAUGAUUUUGUGUCGACCAACUGUCCUGCCUCCUGCGGCAUUUGUCAAGGUUUGUAUGGGGAUCAUUUUAACAGAGCUAAUUUUUAUUAGAUAAAGCCAAUUUUAAAUGUGUGUCGUAGCAACCAAUCAAAAGAAGUCGGCCUAUCGAAAGAGAAAAAAAAUAUCCUAGUAUGCAUAUUCUCCAUAGUGUUCUCUGUAUAUUUCCUAAGGUGCUGACAAUGAGAUUUGUUUUUACAAUCAAUAGCUGCUUUUGUUGCUGAUCGUUCUCUUUAUUCUCAUGACCUUAAUGUUUGAAUCAGGAGUGAUGCUGUAAGGAGAAAAUAGAUGCUACUCACUCUUAGAGGUUAAAGGGUCUUCUUCUAGGCUAUCUUAAGCUCAAGAAUUAAUGCUAUAGGGAGCUGUUCAUCCAAGUUUAGAGUGAUUUAAGACCUGAAUAAUGAUCGCUUUGGUAAGUUAGUGAAUACGUGUUUCACAAACCAACACAAAAAUUGAAGAAGAAGAAGAAAAAAAAAAAAUGGAAGACAAGUAGUGGUUGUAGUAGGAAAAAUAACAGUAGAAGUAAAUAAGAACAUUUCUGUGUUUUAAAAUAAAAUAAAAUAAAAAUAUAAGCUUGUCUUGUUCAUAAGGUUCGUACAAUUGGUGGAAAUUUAAACUGAAAUUAUUUGAUUGUUCUGUUCUGUCCGGAUUUUCAGGCGUGACAGUUGAUUCAGGCUCCACCCUCAUCAACUAUCACGCAAUAGAACUGUCGAUCACUCAAUAAAGUUUGCAUAAUCUUUAUCAUCUUUUUUCUCAUUUCAGCUCGUCCUACUCCACCUCCAAGGCCCCGACCUGUGAGAGGUAGUGAUCAAAUAAUGUUUUUCAAUGAUUAUUUCAGUUUACUCUUUGGUUAAAAACCUAUUCGAUCCUUCCAUCUUCAUCAACAGUGAACCUCAAAGAGUGUCUGGAAGCCCAUAACUUGGCACGUGCUCUGCACGGGGCUAGACCGCUGACAUGGAACAGGACACUGGCCCGGAGUGCUCAAGCUUGGGCCCUGGACCUUGCAAAGCGGAAUAAAUUCGAGCAUUCGCGUGUAAGAGGAGAGGGAGAAAACCUUUACUACUCAAUGGGUAGCAGCGAAAAGACAGCAACAUGCAAAGACGCUCUUGAUGCCUGGUAACCUAUUUAAUUCAAAUUAGUAUGAGGAAUUGAGGAAAUGUUUUUACUUAUUACUAAAACAGAAUGUAGAACUUGCCCAUGACACAUUGUACAAAUUCUGCAAAUUUAGAGACGCUGGUUCACGCAAGCAGUAUGGUAAUAUGGUGAUGUAUUCUUUUAAAUUGGCACAUGCGCACUAUCUGUAAUAUGUAUACAUGCCUGGGUUGACUUACGUUGCAAGACCGUCUUUUGUCUUGAAAGAUAAUUUCUGUCAAUUUUUGAUCUCUGCAUUAAUGUUUUCAUUCCUGUAUUUUUAUUUCCUAGGUAUGGAGAAGUUUCUGAUUAUCCUUUCUCAAAUCCCCCGAAAUCUAUUUUUGACGUACCUGGUGUUCAAAUUGGACAUUUUACACAGGUGUGGAUCAUUGAAUUUUUCCUGACUUAAAAAGUUGCCAUAGCAACGACGUAACCUAUUUGUUAAGAGCUUUAAUUUUUUGUUACUAGUCAACCCUUUACACCCCAACAUUGCUAUACAUAUUCUCCAUUCUGUUCUCUAUACAUCUCCUAAGGAGCUGAUAAGGAGAAUUUGUUUAACAAUCAAGAGCUUCUUUAGUUGAUGAUUAUUUCCAUUAUUCUCGUGACCUUAACGUGUGAUUCAGGGUGAUAUUGUAAGGAGAAAUUAGAUGUUAGUCACUCUUAGGAAUCAAAGGGUUAAGAGAUGAAUAAAGAGAGGAAUAUUAUGAACAUAAAUCAUAACUAGAGAAUAGAGAAUAUAGUAAGGGGGGUUUAGAAUGUUCAAGUCUGCUACCAGGGGCAACAGUUCGCAGACCGCUUUAGCUUGUACUUUCUAAACCCCAAACCACUUUCGUUUGGGAUAUUCCUACACAUUCGCAAAAAAACUUUGGGACGUAAACCGUAGAUACAUGCGAAAGUAUCGCCAACUAAGCCUUCAUAAGGAGCGUAAACCGCAAGAAAAUUUUGGACUCUUACAUCAAUCCUUUACAUUCUGACAUCAGUAUGCAUAUUCUCCAUACUGUUCUCUAUACAUUACCUUUGGUACUGACGAGAAGAAUUUGUUCAACAAUCAAAGCUUCUUGGGUUGGUGAUCAUUUCCUUUAUUCUCGUGAUCUUAGUCAAUGAUCCAGCUGUAUCAUUUUAAAGAGAAAUUACAUGCUGGUCACUCUUAGAGUUCUUAAGGGUUAACAAGAAAAGCACGGUUUGUUCCCAACAGGUGGUAUGGAAGUCUACUAGGCAGCUGGGUGUCGGCAUUGCCACUAUAAAGCGCGGAUUCUGGACUAAGACCUACGUUGUGGCUCGUUACACGCCCCCAGGAAACUAUUGGGGAAGGUUCAAGCAAGAAGUGGGGGAUAUCACUGUUUUGUAGUGAGAGG